AUGUCUCACUCAAGUGUCUCCAAAGGUUUGCAAUCUUGUCUCAAACCACGAAACGUCGAAAGAGUGUUGAGACUCAAAUUGGCUACACAAGGGUUUAAAAUUUCUCCGAAAUCCGAAUGGCCUAACAAUAGUAGCAAUGAUGAUAGCACCAUUGCCUCAUUCUCAAAACCAAAUUCAGGUAACAUCUCAAACAAUAAUAAAUUUGACAUGAAAAUGUCCAAAGAAGAUUCCUCUGAAGAAGGUGGGAAAUGCACCUGGAGUUUCAUUGAAUCCCUCUCCAACAAUUCUCAUUGUGGCAACAAAGAUGAAGAUAGUGUUUAUGUUCUCCCAAAAUCUAAGUGUUCUUCUUCAUCAAUGCUAAGUGCUAAGAGCUUGGAAAUGUGCACUGAAAACUUAGGAUGUGAAAGUGGAAGUAAAAGCAAAGGUGAUGAAAUGUCAUUGUUUUCAUUGGAAAAUAAUAGCAACGGUUUCAUGGAAAAUAGCAACACUUCGGUGGAAGUUGACACAAAUUGUUUUGAGCCUAAUAAAAGGUUGAAUAAUAACAAGAAAUGUGGCAACACUUUUCCUCCUCCAUUGACAUCAAUAACUGAUUUUGGAGGGUUGCACGUCCGCCCUCGUCGCGAAAAUGGUAGGCUGAUUUUGGAGGCAGUAACAACUCCUUCUCAGCCGUAUUUUCGCGCCGAGCGCAGCGAGGGAAGGCUUAGGUUGAGUCUUUUUGAGAGUGUUGAAUCAAAUUGUGGUGAUGAUGAUGGAGUUGAAGAAGAAGUAGAAGAAGUUGUAGAAGAAGAAGAAGUUGAAACACUUAAGAAUGAAGCAUGUGUUGAUGAAGAAGAGUUGGAAAAGUGUGUUGGAUGUGUUGAUGAUGAAAUUGGGAUUCCAACAAAGUUUAGGACUCCAACAAGGUGCAAGAUUUCAGCAGUUGUCAUGAUUGGUGGCUUGGUUCUUUGA